AUGCGUAUGAAUACUAGUGACGAGGCACGAUCCCGGACGAAUACCACGUGCCACUUAGAUACAAGAGCAAUGGUGGAAGAAGUAGGAAAAAUAUUUGUCGGGGGCCUCAGUUGGAACACGACCGACGAAUCUCUUAAGCAAUAUUUCAAGCAAUUUGGUCAGAUUUCGUCCUGUCAGAUCAUGCGAGAUCAAACGACACAAAAACCAAGAGGUUUUGCGUUCGUUCAAUUCACCGAUGCAGAGGCUGUAAAGUGUGUCUGCGAUACGAAUACGCCUCACAUUUUGGAUGGCAAGCAGAUCGAUCCCAAACCGGCUUUACUACAAGCAUCCUCGCGUGGACCAAUGUCCACUGUGGCAGGCAAUAGACUCGAGAAGGUAAAGGCAGGUAUACCAAACAUGCCCAUGUAUCAGGGUGACACAAAAAAGAUAUUCAUUGGAGGUAUCGCAGCUGGGACAAUGAAAGAAGACAUCGAACAUUACUUUUCUUCGUAUGGUAACGUGCAGGAUGUUGUCCUCAUGAUUGAUAAACAAUCACAGAGACCACGAGGAUUCGGUUUUGUCACACUGGAUUCCACUGAUGCUGUUGACAUGGUGGUGACUGCAAAGUAUCAUCAGAUCAAUGGAAAAACGGUGGAAGCAAAAAAGGCAUUUCCUAGACCUGGCGAACCGGGAUACAUUCCCAAUUCCACGAGUCCCUUGACAUUGACAGCAACACGUCAAAAUGAAUACAGGGGAUUUAAUUCGACUCAAAGUCCUUACUCUCCUUAUCAGUAUGGUGCUGCGCAUCCGGGACUAAGUCAGGCAUACGGACCGGUCGGAUCGCCACAGACUUAUCCGGGUCAACCUGGUCAACUAUCAGUGUAUUCUCAACAACCAGGAAUGGGCACCUUUCCAAAUCAGCAGUAUAGUAGUCAAACGUCUCGAUUCCCAUACGCAAACACGACGUUGGAGGGAAGUUUGCAACAGAUGGGUGGACUCAGUAGUCAAAGCUCGAAUUAUGACCCUUUUAGUAGUAGUGGUACAACACAACAGCAAGAACAAUCUCAUCUGCUCGGAGCAGGUUUCGCCAGCCAGCUAGGUGUACGGUCGUCGGCAUUCAGUAAUCAUGAUGACCAUGUAGCACAACGGCAGCAACAAAUACUCUCACAAUUUACCAGUAGCUCUACAUUGUCUAGUUCAGACCCUUUCUCUGUAGCUCCCAACAGCACACCUUUAACAGAAGAACAACCGUUUGCUGGUCAACCGCAUGCGUUCAGUCAACAAAACGCGUUCAGCAACGAGUACAGUGCAAUUGCAGGGUUCAGACAGGACUCAUCUCUAUCAGCUGACGGAGGCGGUUAUGGUCGAGGAAGGUUUCCUGGAUUCCCCAGCGACGCUACAGAAAUGACUAUGGACGACGAGAGCCGAAAAAUUUUCGUUGGCGGUCUCAGCUGGGAAACGACGGAAGAUGGCAUCAAGAAACACUUCUCGCAGUUCGGAGAGGUUAUCCACGCGCAAGUUAUGCUAGACGGAAUCACAAGACGGUCCAGGGGAUUCGGCUUCAUAACGUUCAAAGAUCCGGAGACGGUCAACAAGGCGCUGGCGACAGGCGAACAUUGGCUCGAUAAGAAAAAAAUCGAUCCGAAAGCGGCCGUCGCUCGCGGUCAAAGUUCCGGGAAGCCUAAGGGUCAGGUAGUAGGCAGCUACGAGGGUCGAGUGAAGAAGAUAUUUGUUGGCGGUCUGUCAUACAACACAACAGAAUCCGACGUGCGGCAGUACUUCUCACAGUAUGGCGAGGUGUUGGAGAUCAUUCUGAUGAUUGAUCCAUCCACCAAGCGCAUGAGAGGGUUUGGAUUUGUAACAUUCGACUCAGAGGAUUGUGUAGAGGAGGUCUGUAAAGAGCAUUUUCAUUCUAUAAAGGGAAAAACAGUUGAGGCCAAGAAAGCAGUUCCGAGACCAGGCAGAGAUAAUCCGGAUGGAACGAGUAUAAAUCCUGUUAAAUCAGCCAAGUCGUAUCCUGUAGCGUACGAUCCUGUUCUAGUUCAAGGGAGUAUGUAUCCUCCGCCUUCCAUGCGCGGAUAUGGUCCACCGCCAGGCUACUAUUAUGUCCCGACACCCACGGGGUAUCAAACCCAUGUAGCUCCAGCUCCCAACAUGGCUCCGGUUCCUGGUCCUAUGAGUGGUCAAGCACCAGUUCCCACUGCAAGUGGUGUAUAUCAUGCUAGUCCAUACCCACCCGGCCCCUACAUUGGCAGUCCUCAGAUUGCAUAUAGUUCUGAUACCUCUGUGCGAUAUCACACAGGCAGUGGACCUAGACACGCGGGUGUGAUGAGUCCGACUGUUUCCCUGGCUCCCAACACACAACAUAUUCACUUGAGUGGUGGCUUUCCUACCAUGUUGUCUCAUCAUCAACAUCCUGGAUCGUAUGGUGACCUUGCAUCUCCGACGUUUGUAUUGGGUCCGCCUCCUGUUCCCAUUCGAGGACCACAUCAGUCAACUGUGUCAGCUGCUGGUGUUCAGUUUGUGAGAUAAAUUAUGUGACUGUUGCAGAAAGAGAGUAUGAAAGUAUUCAGAAGAGUUGAGAGAGUCGUGAUUUAUUUGAUUUGAUUAACUGGCCUCUGUUUCUACCCCAUUAUUCACGCAUGACAUCUUGUAAGAGAACCUAUCGGUAGAUGCUCUAUUGCAGCUGUUAGUUUGCACAUGUAGCGUUGUAGCUGGCACUAUGUCGAGUUUGGUUGUUGGGAUGUUAUACGUUCGUCCCACCUUUUUUACCCUGUUGUCGUCAUAGAACCUUUUAUAUUAUGUAUUUUUGUCGGGGAUGUUUCCCAUCACAUCUAUGGAUGGUGCCUCUUCAUACUGCUGUUUGUUCUGUCAAAUACAUGGUUUAUCAUUUCCACUCAAGUUUGAUGUUGUUGUGUGUAUAGCAUGUGUUUUUCUUGACUGGACAUUACCAGCACUUUCAGUUAAUUAAUACUUCCUGUGGU